AUGUGGAAGAUCUUCUACAACCUGGUUAUAAGGCCGCUCAUAGAGUUGGAAGAGGCAGAAUGGGACUCCCUUUCAGAGAAUGAGAAGAAGGAUCUGGAGAAGCUGGCACAAGACGAACGUCCGGUCCUGUUCCUGGCGUUUCCCUUCACGAUGAAGAAAGAGGAACAACCCUUAUACGAUGGUGCAGACCCAGUGUGGAAGGUAUACCGGGAUUUCGCCAAGGAUGAGAAGGCAAAGGAGCAUGUAAAGCAACUUCUGGUCAACGGCAUAGUACCAGCCAUUGCCAAACAUCCCGUACUCUCCAGUUAUACUGGGAAAGGUCCGAAGGUGGUACGAAAGUGGCUCAUGAUCGACGACGAAAGCGUCGCCAUUGCUGAUCGCAUGGUGGACCCAGCCGAUGUAAAGGCAAUGGAAGCGGUGCAGUACCCCACGGCAGCAGCGAUGGCGGUUUGGACGUAUAUGAAGACAAUGGCGCGCUGCAAGCUGUCGGACGCGGCGUGGACUCUAGGCUUGGACUCGGGCAAGGAUCCCAAUCGUGCAAGGCCUCAGAUCGCCGUGACCUACGACAAGUCGCAGUUACCCGAUCCAAAUCAGGCCCAGGACAUUUUCCGCGUCCCGAGUCCCCUCAAGGUAGAACUCCACGUACCACCACCAGUCGUCAGCCCUCUGGGACACAUGGCCAGCAGCAGCAAACCGGCCUCUCGCACACGAGAGAGCAGCAACGAGACAAUACGGUUGAUGAGCGCAAACGCGACUGAAGCAGCCCUGGCGGCUGUUGCAGCCUACAAGAAGCAGUCGGGAUCGAGAAUCACUGAACCACCAUUGGGCGCCAUUACUGUGUCUGGUGUUUUGGAGGUGCAAGGGCAGACGGGAUCCGCCAUCUUUCAAGUCACAUCGCACUACGACUUUGCGGACAAGAAAUUCGUAAACACAAGAAUGGGGGUGCUCUCGGGUUCGUCGUGGAGUAAUAAGCCACACUGGAACCAAGAGCGGUGA